AAACUCUACAGUCCUGCUACAGUCUACAGCUGUACAACAGUCCUCUCUCCUCGUGUCCUCUCGUGACCAGCAGCCAGCCAGCCAUCAUGUAUGCAAGCCACAGCACGAUCAGCGGCCCCUCCAUGAUGAGACAGAGCCGCAGCUACACAACAAGCAGUCUUCCCCACAAGGCUCACAGUAUAUCAGGAUUCAACUUGAGAGGCCCUCGCAUCUCAUCUUCCCAGGUGCGCACCCUCUCCUCCGGGUAUGGAGGUGGCAUGGGUUGCAUUGACCUGUCCAACGUCCUGGAUCAGUCCCACGUGCACCAGAAUGAGAAGGCCACCAUGCAGAACCUGAACGACCGUCUGGCCUCCUACCUGGAGAAGGUCCGCUCUCUGGAGACGGCCAACACCAAGCUGGAGAAGCAGAUCAGAGAGUACUACGAGCAGAAGGGGCCUGCAGCAGAGAGGGACUACAGCAACUACUGGGCCAUCAUCAAUGACCUGAAGGACAAGAUCGCUGCUGCCACCAUCGGCAACGCCAACAUCCUGCUCCAGAUUGACAACUCCAAACUGGCUGCUGAUGACUUCAGGACCAAAUUCGAACAUGAGCUCAUGAUGCGCCAGUCUGUCGAGGCUGACAUUGCCAACCUGCGUCGCCUGCUUGACCAGACCACCCUGACGAAGGCCGACUUAGAGAUGCAGAUCGAAGGCCUGCAGGAUGAGCUGGCCUACCUCAAGAAGAAUCACGCAGAGGAGCUGGCAGCAAUGCGCUCUCAGCUUACCGGCACCAUCAACGUGGAGGUCGAUGCCGCACCCCAGCAGGACCUCAACAAGGUCCUGGAUGAGAUCCGUGCCCAGUAUGAAUCCAUCACCGACAAACACCGUCGCGACCAGGAGUCUUGGUUUAAUGAGAGGUCGGCAACACUGACCAAGGAGGUGGCCAUUAGCACAGAGACAAUCCAGACGUCCAAGACAGAGAUCAAUGACCUGCGGCGCACACUGCAGGGCCUGGAGAUCGAGCUGCAGUCUCAGCUCAGCAUGAAAGGGGCGCUGGAGAACACGUUAGCGGAGACAGAGAAUCGUUACAGCAUAAUGCUCAACGGCUUCCAGAACACAAUCAACAUGCUUGAGGCAGAGCUUGGCAACGUGCGCGCCAGCAUCGAACAGCAGGGUCAGGAGUACAAGAUGCUGCUGGACAUCAAGACCAGGCUGGAGCAGGAGAUCGCCACCUACAGGAGCCUGCUGGAAACAGAGGAGUCCAGACCAACAGGGGGCUCAAAGACCACAGUCACAACCACCACUGUGCGCAGUUCCAGCUAGAAGGUCCAACUGGCAGGACAAGCUGUUCUCCAACACACACACAAACACACACUCACACUAUAUGAAACUGUACUGGAAAAAACCUGAGGUAUGAUGAAAGAGACGCCUGUGUCAAAGUUAAAGCAUGAAACAUUUGCAGUUUAGAAGAAGAAAUACAUGAUGUACAGUGUGUGUUUGUCUGUGUGACUGGUUUGAAAAAUAAAUAUGCUGGUGAACAUGAAA